CCGGCGUGCUCUGCGUCAGCCUCCCCCGCUUGGCCGGCCCAAGAUGGCGGUGCAGGAGUCGGCGGCCCAGCUGUCCAUGACCCUGAAGGUGCAGGAGUACCCGACCCUCAAGGUGCCUUAUGAGACACUGAAUAAACGCUUCCGAGCUGCCCAGAAAAACAUUGAUCGGGAGACCAGCCACGUCACGAUGGUGGUAGCUGAACUUGAGAAGACCUUGAGUAACUGCCCAGCUGUGGACUCUGUAGUCAGCCUCUUGGAUGGUGUGGUGGAGAAGCUGAGUGUCCUUAAGAGAAAGGCAGUGGAGUCCAUCCAGGCUGAGGAUGAGAGUGCAAAGCUUUGCAAACGCAGGAUCGAGCACCUCAAGGAGCAUAGCAGUGACCAGCCAGCAGCGGCCAGCAUGUGGAAGCGGAAGCGCAUGGAUCGCAUGAUGGUGGAGCACCUCCUGCGUUGUGGCUACUACAACACAGCCGUGAAGCUGGCUCGCCAGAGUGGCAUUGAGGACCUGGUGAAUAUCGAGAUGUUCUUGACAGCCAAAGAAGUAGAGGAGUCUUUGGAGAGGCGCGAGACAGCUACCUGCCUUGCCUGGUGUCAUGACAACAAGUCCCGGCUCCGGAAGAUGAAGGGCCGCCAAAACGAGCACGAGGCGAAGACGGGACGAAAGAGUAGAGCCGCCACUGGCUCCCUUAAAGAGAGUGAGGAUCUUGGUAUGGAACCCCUAAAAGGAAAGCCAGAAUUGAGCUGCCUGGAGUUCAGCCUCAGGAUUCAGGAGUUCAUUGAGCUCGUGCGGCAAAACAAGCGCCUGGAUGCUGUGAGACAUGCAAGAAAGCACUUCAGUCAGGCUGAAGGGAGCCAGCUGGACGAGGUCCGCCAGGUCAUGGGCAUGUUGGCCUUCCCGCCAGACACACACAUCUCCCCAUACAAGGACCUCCUGGAUCCGGCAAGGUGGCGGAUGCUGAUCCAGCAGUUUCGAUAUGACAACUAUCGCCUUCACCAGCUGGGAAACAGCUCAGUGUUCACCCUCACCUUGCAGGCUGGGCUCUCGGCGAUAAAGACACCACAGUGCUACAAGGAGGAUGGCAGUUCGAAGAGUCCCGAUUGCCCCGUGUGCAGCCGCUCUCUGAACAAGCUGGCACAGCCCCUGCCCAUGGCUCACUGUGCCAACUCGCGCCUGGUCUGCAAGAUCUCCGGCGAUGUGAUGAAUGAGAACAACCCACCCAUGAUGCUGCCCAAUGGCUAUGUCUAUGGCUACAACUCUCUGCUUUCUAUCCGUCAAGAUGAUAAAGUUGUUUGCCCACGAACCAAAGAAGUCUUCCACUUCUCCCAAGCUGAGAAAGUGUACAUCAUGUAGGCCCCACGUUGCCAAGUGCAUGCCCCAGGCUAGGGGCUGUGGUAGGUGGGGGCCACACCCUGACCUGACCCCAGCCUGCCUCGGCGUUUGUUUCUUGCGACCAAAGAUCAGUGAGCAAUGACAAAUACUCUUAGGAAGAGAGGAAGUGAGAUUUACUAAGUCUGUGCUUGAGAACAACAUUUGAUUGGUAGGGUCUUAUAACAUACGUCGACUGAUGCCUCUGCAAAGUUCUUGCACCUCUCCAAGGAAACUUUGUCUACCGUGGGAUUGAACACCAGGGGGACUUCUUAACAUCUCAGAAGUAGGAGUCAGUUAUUUCCCUAUGGUUCUCAUUUCCUCUUGCCAGUGAUGAAAUGGGGAUCUUGAGGACAGGCUGGUCCUUCAUCAGCUGGUGUUGGCCACAGCCUAGGUGAGGUGCUGGCCUUGCAGUAGCUUAUGAUGCAGUGCAAGAGGCCUUCCCUGACUUCACUGUACAGCUGCUGCCAAAGCACUGUGUACCAACAUGCUGGACUGCUUCUCAAGGAGGCUUUGCCCACAAGGCCGGGUCAUCUGUGUCUCACCUUCCAGCGCCGCCUUAUCUCCUGCUUUGAGAAUGUAUUCACGGGAAAGCCACUGGACCAAGUUUCUGCAGAGGCCUUUGCUGCGUGGUUCCGUAGCCCUAGAGUGUAAAUGCUUUUCGUUACAGAAACUGAUAGUUCAGCUGGAAUAAGUAUUGACGGGUUUUCAAUACAAUGAACCGUUGUAGUUCACAUAAAACCAUAUUGUAGAGGUUUGUAUGUAGCGCUUAUUUUUGCAUGUUGAUGUUGAUUAGCUAAUGAACUGUAAAUGUAAAGCGUGUUAAUAAAAUAGCUUUCUAUUUCUCA